AUGGCAUUACAACCUACAUCGUUGAAUAGACUGUCUGUCAUGGCAGGAAAGAAAGGCUUAACUGAUCUGCAUAUACCCACCAUCACUGAAGAUGCACAAGAUGUUGUUGGCAUGCAAGGACGAAUUCGAUUGCAAAGAGAUGACAAGAUUCACAACAGUCAAUGGAUGGACAAGCAGAGAAACAAUUUGUUAGCCUAUGAGUACCUGUGCCAUAUUGGAGAAGCCAAAGAAUGGAUAGAAGAUUGCCUCCAGGACGAAAUUGAUCCGAUUAUCAAGCUAGAGGAGUCAAUGAGAAAUGGCAUUGUUCUAGCCAAACUCGCCGAUUGGUUUGCACCUGGUAUUGUCCGUAAAAUAUUCCAGGACACCAAAUUACAAUUUCGACAUUCUGACAACAUCAAUUACUUUUUCGAGGCACUCAAAGUGGCCAGACUACCUCAAAUCUUUUGGUUUGAACUGACUGAUUUGUACGAAAAGAAGAACAUUCCAAAAGUCAUUUACUGCAUUCAUGCUCUUAGCCAUUUACUAUCAAGACGCAAUUUAGCUCCAAAUAUCAAGAAUUUGCUUGGGCAGUUGCAAUUCACUAAUGAGGAACUGAGCGCAACUCAGCGUCAUUUGGACAUGUCGGGUGUCACUAUGCCCAACUUUAUGAAUGUUGGAUCGUCGUUGCGAAGGGAAUUGAAUGAGCUAGAGGAUGAGGAUUACAACACCAAUGUACCAGACCUUAUCAUUGAAGAAGAAGAGGAGGAGGACUUAUCAGACUCUGAGCAAUCACAAUCAUCCAUCGAAUCCACUACUGACGAGGAUAAGCUUGCGAGAUACUGGUCAGAUAGAGUGAAUCAAGAUAAACUGCGUGUGUGUCAAUCCAUUGUUCGCACCUUUCUUGCUAGAAAAGAGUUUAACCAAGUCCACGAUCUGCAUCACUCGGAUGACUUUGUCUCUCUCAUGUGUCAACUGCAAGCUCAUGUAAGGGGAAAUCUAGCCAGAAAUCAACUUGCUCGACGUAAGACCAUCUAUGCUUCUCAAGCCAGAUUUGCUGUUCAGCUUCAAUCCGUCUGUCGAGGCUAUCUCUCAAGAGCCCAUUACAAGAGAACGAUGGAUUACUACAAGGCCAAUAUCGAAAAGGUAAUCCAGGUGCAAACCUUUGUCAAGAACAAGUUGGCGGAAAACGCAUACCGAAAACUGACGACAGACGCCAAUCCUACCAUCAACACGGUCAAGAGCUUUAUUCAUUUGCUGGAUGACAGUGACCUUGACUUUGACCGAGAAUUAGCAUUGGAGGACCUCCGUCAGCAAGUCAUUGAGAACAUCAAGGACAACAACAAUCUGGACGCUCACAUAAAUUCACUCGAUAUUCAAAUUGCACUGUUCCUCAAAAAUGCCAUUACCAUCGACGAGGUAUUGAAGCAUAGCGGUGCAUUUAAAAAGAAGAAGGAGCAGCAACGCAUGAUCAGUGAAAUUGCAAUCAACAACCAGUACGCAAAUCCCUUCUCGCUCGCUGGCAUAGACAAAGACAGUAGACAGCGUCUUGAAUUAUACCAGCAACUGAUCUACCUGUUGCAGACAGAACCCAAAUACUUAGCUCGCUUGUUAUCCAUGACAAACAGACAAGAUUUGGGCGAUUAUUCCAGCCAUAAACUAAUUGAAUCCACCGUGCUAUCUCUGUUUGGUUACGCUACCAACGCGCGUGAAGAGUACUUGCUCAUCAACCUUUGCAAGUACUGCAUCGCUGAAGAGAUGAAGGAUGUAGAAAGUACCCUCGAGUUUAUGCGAGGCAAUUAUACGUUCAUGAAGCUAGUGGUCCAAACAAACCGCGGUGCCAAAGAGCGUGAAUUCUUCCGUACUUUGCUGAGCCCCCUGGUUAAUGAAGUAGUGCAAAACGAUUUUCUGGAUCUGGAGACUGACCCUGUCAGCAUCUAUCACAAAACAAUCAACGAUGAAGAAUCAAGAACGGGUAUGCCUUCCAAUCGACCUCAUGCUGUCACUUCCCAAGAGGCGUUGGCUGAUGUAGAGGUGCGCGACACCUUUGUGAUCCACUUGAGAAACUUGAGAGAAAUUACCGAGAAGUUCUUUGCUGCUGUCACAUCCACUGUGGAUGCUGUGCCUUACGGUAUUCGGGUCGUUGCAAGAGAGUUGCGUCUGAUUCUAGAAGAAAACUUUUCAAGCGAACCUCAUGAGCGUAUCAUCAGAAUCAUUGGUAACUUUAUUUAUUACAGAUACUUGAAUCCUGCUAUAGUUGCCCCUGAGCAAUACGAUGUCAUUGACGCUGUGAUCAGUCCCAUGCAAAGAAAGAACCUGGCUGAAGUCUCCAAGAUGCUGCAGCACAUUUCUAGUGGCUCUGUGUUUGAGGAUGCUCACGAUAUCUUCUUGGCCCCACUGAAUGAAUAUGUUGCUGAUGCUGGACAGCGAUUUGGAGAGUGGUUUCUUGCUCUAACUGACGUCGAGGAUCCCGAGAGCUACUUUGGCAUGCACGCACUCACAGAUCAGACAAACACCCAUAAGCCCGUCGUCUAUUUGUCUCCCAACGAAUUGUUCCACCUACACUAUACCCUUCAAACCAACUUGGAUACGCUGGAGCCUGAAGGUGCUGGCAUUUUGCAUGAUAUUGUCAACGAAAUUGGUCCAUCUGUCUAUCAUCCUGACAUUGAGUUGCCUGAAUCUAUGGUCUGUCUAACACUAACCAACCGCUGCGACAAUAUCCCAAUGGAUCCUACUGCUCGUCUUCAGCAACUGCUGGUCGAUACCAAAAGACUUGUCGUUUAUGUCAUCAAGAUCCAAACGGGUCGAGAUUUAGCUCACAUCUUCCAAACACCUAUUACACCUGAAAAUGAAACAGCUUGGAAUCAGCUCAAACACAAGGAAUUUGCAGAGGCCAAGGAAGACUUUACCAUUGUGUCCAAAAGACGUCUACUCCAAUUGGGUCAAUCUGAGCCUCCAUUGGACCUGCAAACCAUCUCAUUUUUCCAGCUCAAGAGCAUUGCCAAUCGAUUGGUAGUUCAUUUAGAGAGAUGCAAGGUUAUUGCCAACAACAAUGCCUACCAAGAUGUCAUCAACAUGAUUGCUCGCGAUAUCACUGGAAAGAACACACGACGUAUGCAAAGAGACCGAGAGCUCGCUCGAAUGAAACUGACAUUGAGCCACCUACAAGAGAAGCGGGAUUAUCUACUGGAACAAGGCAAUUCUUACGAAGGCUAUCUCAAUAGUUGCAUGACAGCCAUGGCUACAAAGAAGGGGAAAAAGCAAAAGUUCAUCUUUCCAUUCACUCGACAAUACUUUCAUAUGCGUGGAUUGCAAAAGCUGGGUCUUGUGCCCAAGUUUGGAUCUUACAAAUACACUGCAAAACAAUUGCAUGAACGCAAGGUGCUAUUAGAAUUGAUGGAUAUCCCAAAGAGACACUACGAUAGAAUUCCAAUCAUCUUAUCCAUGGAUCAGGCCGGCGUCAUUACCAUUGAAGGAAGCUAUUCUGGUUGGCCCAUGUCGUCGGUUCAAGUGGAUAUGCGCUACGAAGAACUACUGCAAACUCAAUUUGAAGGUGUGCAGACGGUAACUGUGCUGGAUGGUAUGGCCAAAGUCAAUGUCAACCUGCUCAUUUACCUCAUCAACAAAAAGUUUUAUGCGUAG